UUUACUCAAAAAAAUGGUGUCUUCAGCUUCUGCCAAGAUACUUAUAGGAAUUCCUUUAGACUCAGAUGAUAGCAAACAACUUCUCUCGUGGGCAAUCACUGUUCUUGCUCGUCCGAAUGAUGACAUUGUUGCCAUUCAUGUCCUUGUUGGUGAUGAUUCAAGAAAAGAUUCAUCGAUGAACAAGAAACAAUUUUCGCAGAUUCGCCAAGCAAAGGCCCACGUUAUAUCCGUUCUUGGAGAAUUUGUCAGAACCUGCCAAUCCAAGCAGGUAAAUUUGGAAGCUAGAGUGGGAUUUAGCUCUAGCAUUGGAAAAGGUCUCAUAGAAGAAGCAAAGUCCAUCUCAGCUGACUUCCUUCUUCUUGGCCGCCACUCAACAACACAUUCAAUUGUCAGAAGCAAUUCACGUGAAGUACUAAAGUAUUGUUCUGAGUAUGCCCCAGAAGACUGCACAAUUAUCCUAAUUGGAAAAUGUACUGGGCGAAACAAAAAUUUCAUAGACUCUGAUUCUGCUUGUUUUAAAGGCACACGACAACUAAGUUCGAUGAGGUCUAAUAAAAGCAUGAAUCUAAGUGGGAGAACAACCUCUUCACUCCAUGACCUGAUUUUGUCUGAAAUCAAUAGACAAAGCUCUUUCCCAAGAACAUUACUAGGUGCACUUGAUGGGGAUUUAAACAGCUCAGAUAAUAGUAAAUUCAGGCUUGAAAAUUCAUUAUUGGCAGUGGCUCCCAGUAAGCCUAAACCUCAACUAAUCAUGAAGAGCAGAAAACCAACGUCGCCAUACAAGUUUAUAACUACACUCUUCAAUUCACCAAUGAGAAAAAGAAAAACCACUUCCUUCAAACACGAAAAGCAGCAACCUUUACUAAGGUGUUUCAGCUAUGAAGAGAUUUCAAAAGCUACAAAUUACUUCCACCCAGGCAAUGUAGUGGGUCGAGGAGGGUACUCGGAAGUUUACAGAGGUGAUCUUUAUGAUGGAAGGACAAUUGCAGUGAAGAGGUUAGCUAAGGACAACAAAGAUGAAAUCAAGGAGAAAGAAUUCCUCACAGAAUUGGGCAUAAUUGGACACGUCUGCCAUCCUAACACAGCAAAUUUAGUAGGAUGCUGCAUUGAAAAUGGACUAUAUUUGAUAUUCAACUUCUCCCAUAAUGGAAAUUUAGCUACUGCAUUACACGGUAACACAAACAAGUCACUUGAGUGGCCAGUUAGAUACAAGAUUGCUUUAGGAGUAGCUAGAGGACUACAUUACUUACAUAAAUGUUGUAAGCAUCGAAUAAUACACCGCGACAUUAAAGCUUCUAAUGUGCUUCUGGGGUCUGAUUAUGAACCUCAGAUCACUGAUUUUGGGCUGGCAAAAUGGCUUCCGAACAAAUGGACUCAUCAUGAUGUGAUUCCAAUUGAGGGAACAUUUGGGUACUUAGCACCUGAAUACUUCAUGCAUGGAAUUGUAGAUGAGAAAACAGAUGUUUUUGCAUUUGGAGUUCUUCUUUUAGAGAUUAUAACCGGUCGCCGGCCCAUUGAUUCAUCGAAGCAAAAUCUUAUAUUAUGGGCAAAGCCAUUUAUAGAGGCAGGGAAGAUGAGGGAACUAGCAGACCCUAAAUUGGAAGGUAAAUACGACCCAGAUCAAAUGCAUAGGUUAAUGCUAACAGCUUGCUACUGUGUUAGACAAUCAUCAAUAUGGCGCCCCUCUAUGAGUGAGGUGCUUGAGCUUUUAACUUGUGGUCAUGACUCGGAGAUUACAAGAAGCUGGAGGAUGCCUAAGUUAAUCUCUGGUGAAUUGAAUGAUUACUCCAUGAUUUUUGGAUACGAUGUGCCCAUAAACAUUACAGAAGACGAUUAUUUGUAA